CGUAAGGCGGCAGGAAAUCCCUGUUUGGUUGCAUCCCUUUCAUUGGGAUAAGGGACAGGAUUGCCUAAAACUGUGAGGAGUGUAGGUGUUCAGAGAGGACCUGUUUGCGGGCGCAGGUUGCGUUUUGAGGGUGUUUGAACAUUGCUGCAACAUUGUUGCGCUCCGCCGCUGAAGACAGGACAAAAAGUCGGCGUUUAGCGGUCCAGCAGUGAAAGGAGCUACACAGCCGCUUGAUCAUUGUGUGUUGUGGUGUUGUAGGCCCGUUUCGGAGAUCGCUGUGCCCUCUGAGAGAAGUCAGCUUGAACCCCGACUGAUGGCCGGCUUCAGCUUCGUGUGCGCUGUGCUCUUCUGCGCCGCUGUGGCGCAGACCAAGCCGACGCUGAGAAAAGAGAGAGUCCAUCAUGAGCCAGAGCUAAGCAGGCAAGCCCACGAAGACAAUAAGAGCUUCCAGUAUGACCAUGAGGCCUUUCUGGGCAAAGAGGAGGCCAAAACAUUUGAUCAGCUCACCCCUGAAGAGAGCAAGGACAAGCUCGGAAAAAUUGUGGACCGAAUAGACAGCGAUGCAGACGGCUACAUCACCACAGCUGAACUCAAGGCUUGGAUAAAGCGCGUCCAGAAGCGUUAUGUGUAUGAGAAUGUAGCCAAGGUGUGGACUGAUUAUGACCUGAAUAAGGACAAUAAGAUUUCCUGGGAUGAGUACAAACAAGCCACAUAUGGAUACUACCUCGCCAACCCGGAAGAAUUUGAAGAUGCCACGGACCAGUUCAGCUUCAAGAAGAUGCUCCCUCGUGAUGAGAGGAGGUUUAAAGCAGCUGAUCUGAACAGGGACCUGGCAGCAGACAGAGAAGAGUUCACAGCCUUCCUCCACCCUGAGGAGUUCGAACACAUGAAGGAUAUUGUGGUUCUGGAAACCUUGGAGGACAUUGACAGGAACAGUGACGGGCAUGUGGAUGAAGACGAAUAUAUCGCGGACAUGUUUGCACAUGAGGAUGGUGGUCCAGAACCAGAGUGGGUCAAGACUGAGAGGGAACAGUUCUCUGACUUCCGAGACUUGAACAAAGAUGGAAAAAUGGACCAGGAUGAAAUCCGUCACUGGAUCAUGCCACAGGACUAUGAUCAUGCACAGGCGGAGGCCAGACAUCUGGUGUACGAGUCUGAUCAGGACAAGGAUCAGAUGCUGACUAAAGAGGAGAUCCUCGAGAACUGGAACAUGUUUGUGGGAAGUCAGGCUACUAACUAUGGAGAAGACCUCACCAGGAACCACGACGAGCUCUGAGCUCUCACUGCAGCUUCGUGUGUGUGUGUGUGUGUGUGUGUG